AAACAUGAUUUCUGGGAUGCCUGCAGUCGCCGUGAGGCGAGGUCGCAAAAAAAGCAAGACUUUCGGCCGCUUCAACUUACCUCAGAGUCACCAUUCGAGCACCUCAUCGAUAAAUGGUCGUAACAGAAGCUUCACGAAACGGGGUGGACCUAGCAUCAGCACUACAGGCAGCCACUAUGCAGGUGUCAGGGCGUUUCGCCGCCGCAGGAGAUACGACACUGACUUGGACAGACAGAGGCGGAAGUUCCUGAUCUACAUGGGUACUCUCUUCCUCAUCACCGGUCUGGUGCUCAUCUUCGUUGGGGUCGGUGCCAUGGUACCCACAGCGCAGUCAGUCGGUCUCAUUCUUCUGGGUAUUGGGGCAGUUCUGUGCAUUAUAAAAGUUUUCUGUUCAGAAGCCCACUUUACAGACAUUCCCCAAAAGAUCAUCGUAAAAGAUGUAGAUGUAGAGUCAGGUGAAUCGGGUGGUAACAACGAGGAUGAUGACGUCGCUCAACCUUUGGCCAAUAUUGCUGAGUUUUCAGAACUACCUAAUUCUGACGCUGCUGGAAAUCAGGACAGUAACGCGGCGACACCAGCAAGUAAUCAAACCAGCACCACGCCAACAAGUCCUCCAAACAGCAUACCUGAGACACAGGUUCUAAUAAGUAAUGACUCGGGUGGAAGAUACUGAAAAUAAUAGUAAACGCCACCGUUUUCGUUACAUUAAAAAAAAAUCAUAAAAGGAAAGAUUUAUUGCUGCAUUAAGAAAAUUUUAUUCUAUGAAUAAGCUUGAAAUUUUUUUAUUAUAAAAAAGAAACCGAUAAAAUUUAUAUCGUUUAUCAGUAAAAUCUUAUAAAGAUAGGAAUACUGAAAAGUACUAAUAUUGUAAUAGGAUUGGUCGCAAAACAUAAAAAUUAAACUCGACCAAAAUUUUAAUAUUUUCCUAAAAUUUGUCUUAAUAUGUUACUGCAAUAUUGAAAUAGCAGUACAAAUUUAUCGCAAAUCAUGAUUGCAAUCAAUAAGAAUUGCAAAAUUGUUCUGCAUUCAAAUGAGACGAACUAUAUUGCUAUGAAGAAGAACUGAUUAAAAGAAUUUUAAAAAUGAAUCAUUUUAAUACUAAAUUUACAAAGCUGACUUAUUUAAGUACUAAAUUACAUCUAAGUAUUCAUUUAACCCUUAUUAGCAGCAUAAGUUUAACUUGCUUAUUUUUUUUUAUUUUGCGUUAAUUAUAGUUCAGAAACAAGCAAUUAAAAUAUUUAUAUGCCGUAUUUUUUAAUUGAUCAUAAAACAAAUAAUGUAAAGCAAAAAACGAAGAGAACAUCAUUUUCCAUUUAAUGAACAGAAUAAUCAACUCAUUUUUAAAAUUCAUUUUCCGCUUAAUUUUUAAUCUAGAUGUUCGAAACAAUUUUCUACAGUUUCAAUUUAAGUUUUUUAAGAUUUAAUCUGCUAUUGAGAUUGAAAAUUAAUCAUAGAUUUACUUAUUUUCUCUAAAUUUCUGAAAGUAAAACUACGACAUUUGUUUUUAGAAGAAAAAAAAUUCUUUUCCAACUUCGCAUCUUAGCAAGAAACCCUGUUCUAUGACUAUUUUAUAACAUCAGCAAGCCAGUUACAUAAUUACAAUUACAUAAAUAUUUGACUUUAAAUUGGAAUUUAGACUGGCAACUUGAUAUCUCUGUGAAUGUUAAUUUAAUACAGGUGCUACAUACAUCAUCCACUUAACUGAAUGAAUGAAUGAUACAAACUAUGCGCGUUCGCAUAGUAAACUUUAAAAGCAGACGAGAAUUAUCUUCAUUAUCAGACACUUAUUUUAACAGACGAUAUCGGGAAGGAAAAAAAAGGCGAUAUUUUUUGAAGGAUUCCGAUGGAACAAUUUAAUCAAAGAGUGACUAUAAGAAGAACACUCAAUUAUUGAACUAAGACAACUUCUCUUACAAAAGAGAGCGAAAAAAUUCUUUUUUUCAGCUCCCAACGAUGUAAUUUGCAAGCAGGCACCUUAUUCUUCAGUAUUAAAGGAAUUCAAUUGCCAGAGGUAAAAGUACAAAGUCGUACUUCUUUCCACUCGUUUCUCUUUGAAAUACUAGGGUUUGAUGAUAAAUUAAGUUGAUGGACAUUACAUCAGCAGAUAAUCGAAUCAAAAUUGUUGAUAGGCUUCCAGAUUGUGUACCUUAUUAGGCAGCUCUAUGUUAUAAAUAUUUCGCAUUUUUAUCAUCACUAAAAUUUCAACCGUUGCACCGUAUUAAUUACACUAAAUAUUUCCUUUCAAAUUUCGCCCCCUAGUAUUGUAUUAAACUUGGUAUAUAAAGCAAAAGAAAAUUAUUUGACCAUAGGUGGUACGCACAAAGAAAUUAAAAUGCUAAAUAAUGUUGUUUGUGAGUGAAACAACACAAAAAAAUUUAUCAAUUCUCAGUAAUGUUUUUUUUUCAUUUACUUUGCUUAUUUAUUUUAAGAUCAUUCUACGUAUGUGUUUAUUGCAUCGCCAUUCUUUUUAGUGUCACUUAAAAAUAAAAAC